CUUGUGCCCGUAUAGUAUUUGUGUCUUUCUCACACCCUUGGGGAGAAUUUUGGAUAAGAAAAUUAAGCGGUAGCUUCUUCCGGAAAGCUUACUCUCUCCAUUCUUGGUUGUUGAGAUUUUCAGCUCAAGUUUAUGGUCUAAUUAUGGAAUCAGUUGUCUCCAUAAAGCAGACCCAUGAAGGGUUUUGCUCAUUUCAAACGAAAACCCUGAAAAAUCACAGAGCUAGGGCUCGUAAUUCCAUUGCCGUAGGUGCUGCUAAACUGAACCAAAACAACAAGGGGUUUUCGAAUCGAAAGAUUAAAAGGGUAUCAGCGGUGACAAAAGUUAACGGCUCGCAACUGAAUUCCAAACGCAAUUUCGAGGAGUUUGAGAAUAAUAAUCAUCUCAAGAGAUUGGUCAGGAAUGGUGAAUUGGAGGAAGGUUUUAAGUAUUUGGAAAAGAUGGUUUAUGGAGGUGAUAUGCCUGAUAUUAUCCCGUGUACGAGUUUGAUUCGGGGGUUUUGUCGAACCGGGAAGACGCGCAAGGCUACGCGGGUUAUGGAGAUUCUUGAACAGUCUGGUGCUGUGCCUGAUGUUAUAACUUACAAUGUUCUGAUCAGCGGGUAUUGUAGAGCUGGUGAGAUUGAUAAAGCACUCAACGUAUUUGACAAAAUGUCUUCUGUGGCUCCGGAUGUUGUUACCUACAAUACCAUCCUGCGGUCCUUGUGUGAUAAGGGGAAGCUAGAAGAAGCAAUGCUGGUUCUGGCUAGGCAGAUGCAGAAAGAGUGUUAUCCGGAUGUUAUUACCUACACCAUUUUGAUAGAGGCUGCCUGUAAGACCAGUGGCGUGGGGCAAGCCAUGAAGCUUCUAGAUGAAAUGAAAGCCAAAGGUUGCAAGCCGGAUGUGGUUACUUAUAAUGUGCUUAUUAACGGCUUUUGUAAGGAAGGUAGGUUAGAGGAUGCCAUUAAGUUUUUGAACGAUAUGCCAUCCAUGGGUUGCCAACCCAAUGUGGUGACUCACAAUAUUGUGCUGCGUAGCAUGUGUAGCAUGGGUAAAUGGAUGGAUGCUGAGAAAUUCGUGGCAGGUAUGCUUCAGAAAGGGUGUUCCCCUAGUGUGGUCACUUUUAACAUCCUGAUUAACUUUUUAUGUCGAAGAGGCUUGUUAGGACGGGCCAUUGAUAUCUUGGAAAAGAUGAUGCCUAAACAUGGUUGUAGCCCGAAUUCGUUGAGUUACAACCCCUUGUUGCAUGGUUUCUGCAAAGAAAAGAAGAUGGACCGGGCGAUUGAGUAUUUGGAAAUCAUGGUAGCUCGAGGAUGUUACCCGGAUAUUGUGACUUAUAAUACUUUACUCACGGCAUUGUGCAAAGAUGGGAAAGUAGAUUUUGCUGUUGAGAUUCUUAAUCACUUGAGUUUUGAAGGGUGUUCGCCUGUUUUGAUCACGUACAACACUGUGAUUGACGGGUUGUCAAAGAUUGGUAAAACGGGUCGGGCCAUAAUGCUGAUUGAAGAAAUGAAGGAAAAGGGGUUGCAGCCGGAUAUAAUCACUUAUUCUUCGGUUGUAAGCGGGCUCAGCAGGGAAGGAAAAGUGGAAGACGCGAUUAAGUUUCUUCAUGAGUUAGAAGGAUUGGGGGUGAGACCGAAUGUGUUGACUUACAAUGCAGUAAUGUUGGGACUGUGUAAGGCUCGAAAGACGGAUCGAGCCAUAGACUUCUUGGGGUAUAUGGUUGAGAAGGGGUGUAAGCCUACAGAAGGUAGCUAUACUAUUUUAAUUGAAGGAUUGGCUCAUGAAGGGCUAGCGGAGGAAGCACUGGAGUUGCUGAAUGAGUUGUGUUCAAGGGGUGUUGUCAACAAACGCUCCGCUCAGCAGGUGGUGGUCAAGCUCUAAGUUAGGUAGUAAAUUCCACUUUUUGUGAGUUUUGUUUCUCGGCCCUCCCUCCCUUGUGUUGUUUUAUGAAUGAAUGAAUGAAUAUUUAAGCUACAACUUCCAUCCUAGAUAAAUAAUCUUUGUUGAUUUAUAAAAAAUAAAAAAUAAUGAUAA